AUGUUUGCCCUGCAGAGCACCAACUGUGCGGGCGACCGCGUUCGCAUUUCGCUGUCUGGAGACGACAGUCUGAACGAUGCCCACGUGUACUGCGGCCAAGGGACGUUCACGUUGCUGUCUGACACCAACAAGCUCACCAUGGUGCUGGAGACCCUGUACACGUCCACCGGAGGGCGAUUCCUCUGUAACAUCACUGCCGUGCGAUCUAACACAUGCUUAUGUGGCAUGAAGAAGCAGUCGCGGAUCGUGGGCGGGCAGGAGACGGGAGUCAACGAGUUCCCGUUCAUGGCGGGGCUGGUGGACUCGUCGCUGAGGAAGGUGUAUUGCGGCGCCACCAUCAUCUCCAACCGCUACGCGCUCACGGCGGCGCACUGCACCGUCGGCCGCAACGUCGCGCAGGUGGGGCUGCUCGUCGGGGACCACGACGUCAGCGUCGUUAAUCGAAAAACCGUCAAAAGACAUUACUAUGAACUACCCACAGGCAGUGACACCAACGCGGCGGCGCUGUACAAGCUCCUGUACUUCAAGGUGCACCCGUACUACAACCAAGACCCCAAAGUGGAGAAGGACAACGACAUCGCGCUGGCGCGCGUGGACGGCGCCAUCAAGAUGAGCCGCGAGGUGAUGCCCGCCUGCCUGCCCUUCCGGUGGAGAGACUACGACUUCACCAGCGCCAAGGUGGAGGUGACGGGCUGGGGCACAACUGAGUUCGGCGGGGCCACGUCCAACGUGCUGCUGAAGGCGGAUCUCUACGUCCAGUCUCCUGCGCAGUGCUCCGCAGUCUUCGGCAACACCGUCAGCUACCGCCAGAUGUGCACCUACAACUACGGCAAGGACGCCUGCCAGUCGGACUCCGGGGGCCCGCUGUUCUGGCAGGACCCGUACACGGGGCGCACGCACGUGGUGGGCGUGGUGAGCCACGGCAUCGCCUGUGCCACCGACAGCCCGGGCGUCAACACGCGCGUCACCUACUACCUCGACUGGGUCGCCAACAUCGUCUCAGCUGACGACACGUACUGUAUAGUUUAACAUCUGCUAAAGGGCAUUGAAUUUAUCUAUCUCCAAGAAGACAUCUUCCUUUAUAACGGGGAGAAGACUGAAAAUAUUGUCUUGCCAGUGUAUGACUAUCUGACACACUUUCCUUUUGCCAUCUUGUAAAUAGACGCAGAGUACAAAAUCCACUUUCGGUGCCAGUUGUUACUUUUCAAUGUGUACGUUGUAAAUUUGUUAAUAAUAACAUAACAAUUCAGCAUAAUAUUUUUUUGAAAAAUCUGGAGAUUUAUUUUUUAUCCCUCUUUACUCAGAAUGUUUCUAAAUCAAUAACUUUUCGCAUUACCAUAAAUACCUACUUCAUAGUUUAUUGCAGAG